AUGGUGGAGACUGGAAGACAGCACAGAGGUGAGAAUGGAUUAUUCAUGGAGGGUAAAGGAAAAAAGAGAAAUCCUCUUCAUGACUUCAAAAAAACAGGAGAAUUGAUGCUCAUUAAAGUAAACAAAACACUGGAAGUAAAAACGAAGCUGUUAAAUACUACAGAGCAAUGUGCAAAGAGAUGCAGCAAGAGCAAGGGUCUUUCCUUCACUUGCAAGGCCUUUGCUUAUGACAGAGUUACAAAACGGUGCCAUUGGUUAUCCUUCAACAGCUUGACAAAUGGUGUGAGAAAGAAGCAAGACCAUGCGUUUGAUCUGUAUGAAAAGAAGGAUUAUGUCAGAAAUUGUAUCAUUGGAAAAGGAGCAGACUAUAAAGGAACAAUAUCUGUUACCAGAAGUGGUAUCCAGUGUCAGGCCUGGAAUUCAAUGAUUCCCCAUGAGCACAGCUAUCGGGGAAAAGACCUGAGGGAAAACUACUGUCGAAAUCCCCGAGGGGAAGAGGGAGGCCCCUGGUGUUUCACCACCAGUCCAGAGACGCGCCACGAAGUUUGUGACAUCCCCCUGUGCUCAGAAGUUGAAUGCAUGACCUGCAAUGGAGAGAGUUACAGAGGGCCAAUGGAUCACACCGAGACAGGCAAGGAGUGUCAGCGCUGGGAUCUUCAGAGACCACACAAGCACAAAUUUCGUCCAGAGAGAUAUCCUGACAAGGGCUUUGAUGAUAAUUACUGCCGCAAUCCUGAUGGCAAGCUGAGACCAUGGUGCUACACUCUUGACCCUAACACCCCCUGGGAGUUCUGUGCAAUUAAAACGUGUGAGGAAAGCGUCGUGAACGGCACAGAGGCGGCGGCUGCGACCACCACGUGCGUUCGGGGACAGGGCGAGGGCUACCGCGGCACCGUCAGCACCAUAUGGAGUGGAAUCCAGUGCCAGAGGUGGGACUCCCAGUUUCCUCACCAGCACAACAUCACUCCUGAGAACUUCAAAUGCAAGGAUUUGAGGGAGAACUACUGCCGAAAUCCAGAUGGAUCUGAAUCACCCUGGUGCUUUACCACUGACCCAAACAUCCGUAUUGGUUAUUGCUCCCAGAUUCCUAAGUGUGACGUAUCAAAUGAACAAGAUUGUUAUCGUGGCAAUGGCAAGAGUUAUAUGGGGAAUCUAUCCAAGACAAGAUUUGGGCUAACUUGCUCCACAUGGGACAAAAAUAUUGAAGACUUACGUAGGCAUAUACAAAUAUUCAGAGAACCAGAUGUUAGUAAACUGAAGAAAAACUAUUGCCGCAAUCCAGAUGAUGAUUUUCAUGGUCCCUGGUGUUACACAGAUGAUCCUCUUGUUCCCUGGGAUUACUGCCCUAUUUCUCAAUGUGAAGGUGAUACAACUCCUACUACAACCAGCUUGGAUGAUACUGCCAUUCCUUGUGCUUCAACAAAACAUUUGAGAGUUGUAAAUGGAAUUCCAACACAAACUAACGAAGGAUGGGUGGUUAGUUUGACAUACAGGAGUAAGCAUAUCUGUGGUGGUACUUUGAUAAAAGAAGAGUGGGUUCUUACAGCAAGGCAGUGUUUUCCUUCUCGGUACAAAGAUUUGAAAGACUACAAAGCCUGGCUUGGAGUCCAUAAUAUCAAGGGAAAGGGAGAGGAGAAGCGUAGACAAGUCCGAAAUAUCUCCCAGUUGGUGUAUGGCCCCGCAGGGUCAGAUUUGGUCUUACUGAAACUUAGCAGACCUGCUAUAUUGACAAAUUUUGUAGAAAUAAUCCGAUUGCCCAUUUCUGGAUGUACCAUUCCAGAGAAGACCAGCUGCAGUGUUUAUGGAUGGGGAUACACUGGAUUAGUUAACUAUGAUGGCCUUCUUCAAGUAGCAAACCUGCUUAUUUUGGGAAAUGAGAAAUGCAACCAAUAUCUCAAAGGGAAGAUUACUGUGAAUGAGUCUGAAAUCUGUGCUGUGGCUGAAACCAUAGGUGCUGGGCCUUGUGAGCGAGACUACGGUGGUCCUUUGGUUUGUGAACAAAACAGGCUGAAGAUAGUAAUUGGUGUCAUUGUUCCUGGCCGUGGAUGUGCCAUUCGAAAUCGUCCUGGGAUUUUUGUUCGGGUCUCAUAUUAUUCCCGGUGGAUACACAAGAUUAUGAUGACCUACAGAAAACCCUGA